GGAAAAACUCCAUUGGACCUUUGUCAAGAUACCCAGACUGCUGCCUUGAUUCAGCAAUUUGCAAGAAAUGCACCGAGGUGGGUGACCUGCGAAGCAGGCUCUUGUAAGCAGUAGGGCUCAGAGAAGAACGGGGCGCGAGAGGGGGACACUUGAUGAGAGAGGUCCUUUCGCGCGCCCCGUUCAUUGUUGCUCCCAUAUUACUUACAAGCGCAGGAUACGAAGUGGGGAAAUUCACAUCUACUCUAUGUCACUUCACUAGCUCGAUCAUCUCUCAUACCGGGUGGGGCUUCUGUUGACAAGAACGGUACGGUGAUUUCGGUACAAUUUCUGUAACGGAGCGAAGCUGCGACGCGUCGGUCUCACAAACUAAACAUCACAUGGUCGGAUAGGUUUCUGUCACUCUUCGUCGGAGUGUGAACAGGUAAUCGGGCCGUAGCGGAAGUAAGUAAGUAGGAGCGAGAACUGGAACCCACUAAAACCGAAGUAAAUGUUGAGAAGUGAGGAUUGAGAUUUAGUGUAAGUACCAAUCCCUCUCGGCCGCUUUGGUACGAUGUUCGAUGGGUGUGAUCGUUUUAUUCCUCUUCUCUGCCGUUGCUGUUCAUGCUAUCGGAUAGCUUUCAUGUCGGCAUAAAAAGCUAUUUAGUAUAAAGUCGAACCUGCACUAACGGCCACCUCUCUGCAACGGCCAUUUUUUGGCGGACAGUUCAUGCAUUCACUCUUGUUUCAACCUCGCUACAAUGGCCACUUUCUUCUGUCCCUAAGGUGACCGUUGUAGAGAGGUUCAACUGUUGUGUAGAACAACAGGCCCCUUUAUCCUCUCUUGAUUAGAAGAAGCCGUAGAUGAUGAAGAGCAACUAUAUAAAAUCGAAUGACGUCUCGUCCCAUCGUCUUUUGAUUUUUUGGGGGUAAAUUUUAGCUCAACAUACAAGCGUCAAAAGUGUUCAUGUGAAAAAAAAAAAGAAAAUUGAAAGAAACUGUGUCACUGAAAAUCUGAUAUUAUCAUUCAUCAUUUAUUAUCAUAUCAAAUCAUUCAGCUUUAUUUGUUCUCUGAUUGUCCUUUUGUUUUUAACUUGCACAAUAUUUUUGCUGUGCUUUCAGACAACGGACUUGUUCCACGCGUCAAUCUACGUUCACUCAACCUCGUCCCCAAACUGUACUUUCAAGCUCCGUGCCACGGCCUCCUAUGACACGGUCGACUGUUCCUUCUUCUUCAAUGCCGCCGCGACCAUCAACGGCUCGGUCAGCGGUGAGCUUUUUUGUUUCCAAUUCUUUAUUAGUAGCGCUGAGAGGCGCUGAGAAAGAUUGUGUGGUGCGCGUGGCCAACUGAAAAUACGAUCGAGUUGUUUCCCGGAAAGAGGUAGGUAGGUUGGUAGGUCGGUAUGUUGGUAGGUGGGUAGGUAUGUUGGUCGGUAGGUAAGUAGGUGGGUAGCUAGGUAAGUGGUUGGUAGGGAGGUAGGUAGGUAGGGUAGGGUAGGUAGGUAAAUAGGUAUGUUGGUAGGUAGGUUGGUAAGUGGUUGGUAGGUAGGUAGGUAGGUAGGUAAGUAAGUAUGUUGGUAGGUGGGUAGGUAGGUUGGUAAGUGGUUGGUAGGUAAGUAGGUAGGUAGGUAGGUAGGUAGGUGGGUUGGUGGUAUUCAUAACAGCGUUAUUAGGGAACGGGAACGGCAAGGCUAUUAGUUCCAACUUGUUUUUCCUGCUUUCAAGUAACUGGAAGACUUGCAUUGUUUCCGAAAGAGUUUGAAUGAACGCCAAGUCAAUAAUUCAACGACGUGUUCAUUGCUUAAUUUAUCAUGUUAUGCUGUUACAUAAGGCAAGGGUUCUCUCAUUUUGUCUCUAGCCGACUUAUAUAAAUUGUAACUAAGCAGCUGCCAACUCGCUAGUACUCGGUGUCAGUUCGACGUUGCAGCUGCGUUGUUAAGGUUGCUUGUGGGAUCUCACUGAAGACGCAAUCUGCGGUCAAAACGUUAAUCACAAUAGACCGUGGCGCGUAGGCCCGUCUUUUGUAAGGCGCUAUACUCGUGCGAAUGAGAUUAAGAGGUCUUACAACUAAGCGACCUUUUUGUUGAUUGCUACCAGGAGAAACGCGAGUAUUGUCAGCCCGUCUUCUCCCGGAGCCAAUCACGCAGACAUGAGAUGGGAUUCUAACUUUUUAGCAUCAUACCUUUAAUUUUGGCGUAGGUCGCCUUUAAGUGCCGCAGUGUUACCUACAGGAAAUAUACCUGUCUUCUGGAAGGUUUACCUCUAUAAAGACCGUUUUGACGUGUUUUUCCUUACAAAUUUACAGUCAGGCGCUGCAGUGCAGCGUCAGAAAAAGACCCAGGAUACAGUCAAUCGAGCUGAGUCUGCAGGAACCGACUGCAUUAUCUGUUCAGAAAACGUGGCUACUGUUACAUUCAAUCCGUGUGGUCAUAAAGUCACGUGUUCAGGUAAAACUAUACAAAAUCGUAAGAAGAAGCCUUCCGCUCUGCGGAAACACAAACUAUAAUACUCUUAAAUGACCACGUUUAACCUCGUUUUGAAGAGAAUUCUAGGGCCUGUUUACAGAAGGUGAGACAGCCCGGUUAGCCGUGCUGGCUCGGCUCAUGCAUGCCUUGUGUCUUCUUAAUAUUGCCGUUGUGUUUAUAUGAGAACAAGGGCUUGCUUGGGGAGAUCCCAGUUAUUGGAGCCGGAUCUCGGCAAGCGGGCCAGUCCGCCUUCUUAUAUAAACAAAACGACAAUUUUUAGAGGAAACAAGGCAUGAGCCAGUCCGGCUUUCAGGAACUCUGAAUUCCAUGACGCCGUUCAAGCCUCAGUUGAGACUAAGCUUGUUUAAGAGUAUUAUGGUAUUGUUUGAAAAGGCCUAUCCGUCCUUUUUUUCGGUUUCGUGGUUGAUGGUUGCUUGCAGCAGUCUCUAGCUAUUGUUGUUUCAGCUGUGUAAUCAAGAUACCAGUGCACAUACACGCCUACAGCGACAUUUUAUGUCCCUGGGUAUGUCUAACGAUAGAGUUUUACUGCGCGACUGACCUUUGAUCCACUAACUUCCGUUUGUAUUUGCUGUGUAAAUUCAUACUUUUGUCAUGUUUUAGUGAUUUCACUCAUCAAAUCAGCUCCUUUUAUCUCAAUUCACUUGAGCGUUUUCUUUUACAGUUUGUUCCAUGAAACUGAAACGCUGUAUAACGUGUAAAGCAGCAAUUCAACAAAAAAUAUCACCAGGUAAGUACCCUUUCACUCAUACCAGUGGUCAAUAAUGAUAAUUAUUAUUUAUUCAAACAAUUUCGCCGUUUCUGGUUGGCUAAAAUCCUCCAGUUAUCAGUUAUCAUCAAUUUCAUUAAAUAACUUUGAAUCAAGCAGUUCUUGGUGUCUCAUUAAUUGUUUAGAGUCGCUUUUCUUUUGAGAACAAAAUUUCCAUUGAUGUUCUUGUUAACUAACUCUGAGAGUUAACAAAUUAUUGGAAACUUGCAUAGCUUCUUUAGGUGCGUCCGUUCUCUUCGAGCUACAUACGGUAAUUCGUGUUACACUUAUAAGUUUAAUAUUCCUCACCUCUCCCCUCCAAAGAAAUAUUUUUGUAAAAUAAAAAAUGGAUCGUGACUAUGCAAAAGUUGCUUCAAAGAGGUUUUGUUUGAAUGGUCACACCACAGGAUUUCAUCCACAGACUCAAAAGUUAGAACUACAUACUAAAUAAAUAGUACCUUGUGAAAGUACUGCUGAAGAGGUUUGAUUUGAAUGGUCACACCAUAGGAUUUCAUCCACAGACUCAAAAGUUAGAACUACAUACUAAAUAAAUAGUAUCAUGUGAAAGUACUGCUGAAGAGGCUUCAUUUGAAUGGUCACACCAUAGGAUUUCAUCCACAGACUCAAAAGUUAGUACUACAUACUAAAUAAAUAGUACCAUGUAAAAGUACUGCUGAAGAGGUUUCAUUAGAAUGGUUACAGCAUAGGAUUUCAUCCACAGACUCAAAAUUUAGAACUACAUACUAAACAAGAACGCUCUUAGUAGCGUUGAGUCUCGCUUGCUUGGAGAUGAGUUAUAAUGUCAAAGGCCCCGGUGCCGUUAUACUACUUUUUCGUUUGGAAUACAAAACGAGUGUUGUUUGUCAAAAUGUAUAUACUCAAAAAGUAAAAAUUGCAAGGAGAGACAGACUGCACAUGUUAGCCUCAAACCGGUGCGAAACCUUUGAAAACCUACUUUUUCAGGGAUUCUACACUCGAAAAAUUGAACGAUGAUCUUUAUCGGUAUCAGGGGCCUAUGACUCUGUCAGUAUAAAUAUACGUAGCUUCUUUGUACCGGACCAAGAUACGGCUCGGUACAGUAUAUGUUCAGCACAGGAAAAAAGUGUAAGUUGGACAGAACGUUAUACAACACACAGUAAAUCCAGUUCGCGCGUAUUCCUGCUGAAUUUGUUGUCCGUUUUAUAAGAUAUCAAUAUCGCAUGAAAGUAAUGACAUUUUCCAUAGCUGCUUAGUAUCUACUUUUAAUAUCUCCGUACAGUCUCAGAGUACAAUGUUUAGAGUUGUACACAGCAUGCAUUUUAGAUAGAUAGAUAGAUAGAUAGAUAGAUAGAUAGGUAGGUAGGUAGGUAGGUAGGUAGGUAGGUAGGUAGGAAGGAAGGAAGGUAGGUAGGUAGGUAGGUAGGUAGGUAGGUAGGUAGGUAGGUAGGUAGGUACGUAGGUAGGUACCCGUGACACGUUAGGGUGGAUUUCCACUGAGCGUUUUUGGCUCCGCACGUUAACGCACGUAAAUUUUAAUCACGUAAAUCAAAUAGAGGUAAGACAUAAAGUAUUGAGAUUAAACGUCAAAUUAAGCGAGUUUCUACUUUUACGCUUACAUAAUUGUACGUGCAGCCUUUCAUACAUUGCCUUUAUUAUAUUUGCGAACGCAAAUUUUACGCACGUGCGCACGUAAAAAUUACGUGCCAGUGGAUACUUCAUAUCUCAAGUAUUUAUGAAGUGCAACACGACUUCGCAUCGUAACAACUGCGAAAAUCUAUCAAUUAAAUACAUAAAACAGAGUGAAACUAUUUAACCGUACAUUUCCUGUAAUUGCGACAAUAUUCUGAGAAACGUAACGCCUUAAAAAGCCACAAAAUCCUGAGGAUUUCCCCGCUAUAAUAUUGUCUCAUCCUGCUUGGGGAUGUGCCUGCAUGUCGUGCAUAAUUACACGAAAAUCAAGGGCCUCCAUUCGAGGAAAAUUACGUCAUUGCCAAACUUACAUGCGUCAUUUCAGUCAUCGCCGAAAUAAACUGCAUUCUUAUCAGGAGACUCAUUUCCAUACAAUGAAAGCCGUCACGAUUCUUAUCCCCAGUUUCCACGGUCUUCGCUAGGAACGCGGGGCCUACAAACUAGGUCCCACCGACGGAAAAAAAAAACGUUCGCAUUUUAAGAGUCUCGCUUUUCUAAAGCAAGCGAGACUAAUAAAUAGUAUCAUGUGAAAGUACUGCUGAAGAGGCUUCAUUUGAAUGGUCACACCAUAGGAUUUCAUCCACAGAUUCAAAAGUUAGAACUACAUACUAAAUAAAUAGUACCAUAUGAAAGAACUGCUGAAGAGGCUUCAUUUGAAUGGUCACACCAAAGGAUUUCAUCCACAGAUUCAAAAGUUAGUACUACAUACUAAAUAAACAGUACUAUGUGAAAGUACUGCUGAAGAGGCUUCAUUUGAACGUUUACAACAAUUACCAAACCAGUUAUUAAGUACCUUGAUUUUGAGAUGAUGUAGACUCCUUGCAGUCCGACUUUUCUUUUAAAAUCCGUCUAGUGAACAUUGCAAAGAAAAAUAAUAGACUGCUCGGAGUCUAGAGAUGAUUAGCUUGAUUCAUUAUUUUUCAGAGGGUGCCCCGGUCAGCACUUCAACCUUAAUGGACGACACAGACUACGCCGAACGAAUACGCGUUCUAGAAUCUCAAUUGCAAGCCAGGGAAGAUGCUAUUCUGUGUCAAAUCUGCAUGGAAAGAGACAAAAAUGUGGUGUUUUUCUGUGGUCACGGUGCCUGCAAGGAAUGUUCAGAAAGACUCGAACAUUGUCAUGUUUGCAGGCAAACGAUACAGAACAGAAUACGCUUCUACAAUUGA